AUGAAGUGUCUUGUGAAUAACAUUAUGCAGAUCCAAAUACCACAAUUGUGGCAAUUCAUAAAAAAUUGCAUCAGACAAGUAACAUCCCAUACCAACAUGGGGUUGUUAAGAUUUAGGAAUUUAAUUACGUUUACACUUCUGGCAGUGAUUCUAUUGCCAAAAAUUCGAGCUGAUGUUUUAUGA